ACAAAACAGACACAGAAGCUCCUUCAACACAACUACUACAAGCUGGUCCAAAUUUGUUCCACUAGGGUUUUUGCUUUUGGAACCUAUCCAUUAUUAAAGAUAUUCUUUUUUUCGAAAAAAAGAGAAUAUUCUUCCUUCCACUUUCAAUCAAGCAGAUGGGAAGAGGAAAGUUCAAGGGAAAGCCUACCGGUCACCGCCAGUUCUCUACCCCCGAACAGAUGCUUGCUGGCACCUCAACACGUCCUCGAACGUUUAAACGAGAGGAAGCUGAGUAUGAAGAGGAAAAACAGGAAGAGGAAUCUGAAGAGGAAUCCGAAGAUGAUUCUGAUCAAAAGCGGAAAGGAACUCAGGGUAUUAUUCAGAUUGAAAAUCCUAAUUUGGUGAAAGCAAAGAAUUUGAAAGCUAAAGAUGUUGAUAUGGGGAAAACAACAGAGCUUUCAAGGCGUGAAAGGGAGGAGAUAGAGAAACAAAGGGCUCAUGAGCGAUAUAUGAGGCUGCAAGAACAAGGGAAAACAGAUCAAGCUAGGAAAGACUUAGAACGUUUAAGUCUCAUACGCCAGCAAAGGGAAGAAGCUGCUAGAAAGCGAGAAGAAGAAAAGGCUGCCAAGGAGCAGAAGAAAGCAGAAACUCGGAAAUAACCUUUCGAGGAAUUUAUCAACAAUUAGUGCCCCCCAUAAUAUGGUAGAAAGAACUUGCUAGUCGGUUUAUAAUUUGUCCUUUGUGUGCCGACAAAAAUUUCUUGUCUGAGUUUCUCAGUAGACCAUGUUAUAAUGUCUUUGAGAUGCUUUUUAGAAGGUUGAACUUAAUUUGUACACGUAAUAUUUUGUAUUGUAUUUGAACACUUACGAUGAGCAUUCGAUGCUAUUUUGAACUCCAGUUUUUCAACCAUAAAUUAAACGAUUUUGACUGCAA